UACAUCACCCAGAUGCCGGUUUAUGACUUCCUUUAAAUGUGUGCAAGCUAGCUCUGAAAACUUACAGAACUCACGAAAGUCAGCGGAUAAUUUCUUUACGAAGGCCUGAAACAGCAACACGGUCCAUAUGGCUUCUUAUGAUGAACAUAAUGACUCUAAACUGGUUCGGAAAAUAAAGGAGAACCCAUUUGUCCCAUUUGGACUUGCUGGAUGUGUUGCUAUUGUUGGCCACCAACUGUACAAAAUGAAGACUCGAGGUAAUACAAAGAUGUCUGUGCACUUGAUCCACAUGCGUGUGGCUGCACAGGGCUUUGUGGUUGGAGCCAUGACAAUUGGAGUUCUGUAUUCAAUGUUCAAGGAGUACGUUAUAAAUCCCCAUGAACAGCAGAAAGGAGGAGAACACAAGUAAACAUGGACUCUUGCAACAAAUCAUCUGUGUCCUUUAAAACUCAUAUUUAGGUGCGCAAUUAGAAUAAUUAAUAAAUUAUAAAACAACUUAUGGAACGUCCUUCUUUAAAUUGGUGCACCAGUGGUCACACGACUUUAGUAAGAUUUAUUUAGUGCUUAAUUUGACACUUUUGGGUUGGGUGUUGGUUUGGAAGAUGUUAAUGGCGUGCGAGUGAUGAUAUUUUAUUUUUUUAAGGAAGUAUUGCAGAUAAGUGUUUAUACAUAUGAGAAGGCUAAGUCUGACUUCAGCACAAACAGCAGAUUGUCUGACAUUUAUAUUUAUCUGUCACACUUCUAUUUUCUAUUACCAGUUAUAUAAUAUUAUCUAAUAACUGGGAUUCAUUUUAAUUUUUUUGCCAAAUCAAAACAUUUGCAUCUCAGUAAAUGAACACUGUAAAAAAAAAUUGGCUUUCAGGUUUAUACAAAGAUCUCGUAAUAUUUAAACAAAGACGACUCUGAUGGUUUUUGACUCUUUGCAGUUUAUAGCAAAUUAAAUAUAUAUUUAUUAUAAAGUCACCACAUGGACACAGGGGGACAAAAACACGAUGGAACAUUUCUUGUUAAAAACCAAUUUGUUGUUAAAGGAUUUUAUUCACUUGUGUUACUGUAAUGUCUUGUAAUAAAGUUGUAAUUUUUCAGUACAGUAUUUAUCUUUUGUUUUCAAAUAUUCAUGACAACAGUAAAC